AUGCAACCUCUCCCGCACGCUCACCCCACUCCCUGCGCCGGCAACCCGCCCACCACCACCCGCCGCCUCGUCUCCACCCCUCUACCGACGGCAACCUCCGAUUACGCAGCAGCGACACGGCAAGGAUCGAGGAAGCGCCGAGCAACCGAGGCCGACAUUGACUCGACCACAAGCAGAGAAGUGCGGCGCCCACACCAGAGGCGGAAGAUGGACCACGAGGACACUCCACCGCCGCCACGGAAGAGACUUGCGAGGGAGAAAGGACGUUCUGACGAUGAUGAAGAUCGAGAUAUCCAGGACAAAGACCUGAAGUCGGAGGAUGUGAAGCAAGAGGAUCUCAAAUCUGAAGAUUUCAAGGCUGAAGAUGUCAAGCAAGAGGAUGCCAAGCAUGAGGAUGUCACGCAUGAGGAUGCCAAGCAUGAGGAUGUCACGCAUGAGGGCGUCAGGCGUGAGGACACCAAGGAUCAGGACAUCAAGAAUGAAGACGUCAAAGAUGAAGAUGGCAAGGACAAGCAUGCCAAAGAUCGGCGUGUCAAGGACGAGGGUGUCAAGAACGAGCCUGUCAAGAAGCAUAUCAAGAGCGAGCAUGUCGAGAAGCAUGCCAAGGACAAGCAUACCACGGACGGACAUGCCAAGACUGAGCGUGUCAACAACGAGUAUCUCGAGGGAGGAGUCGGCAUUGGAGCUCACGACAUGCAUCAGCUUGGGCCCGAGCACCAGAAGAUUCUGAGAAAGGCGAAGAAUCUCGCAGAUGAACUCAUGGCAAUGGCCGCGACGAGCUAUGAGGAGUUCGACUUUCCAAUGCCAACGUUCGAGCUGAUGCAACUGCGUAUAAGCUACCACUGCUACAAGAAAGAGGCCCUCCGAGCGCAGAAGGUCAGAGAUGCGCAAUGGAAGGCCUACAAGCUGGCGAGGAAGAUGAAAGCUUCUUCAAGUGCCAACGGUCAUACCCUGAAGUCGGAGGAGGAGGCUUUCGCAGCGAUUGAGCAUGCGGCUCAUCUGCAAGGCUACGAGGUUGAGAGAUUGGUGGACGAGGUCAAGAAGUCGGAGAAGGAGAUGAUCAUCGUCUACCUCCAGAUUGCGUCUGAGUACAUGUAG